CUCUCACAUGGUCAUGGCUCUGAAGGAGUUGAUUUGUUUCUUUUUCUCUCUCGUAGUUGUCUGUGGCCCGCGUGGCGUCCGCGCCUUGACGCUGGUGGUCCCGGCGAGGGUCUCGGCACUGGCGGGCUCCUGCGUGCUCAUCCCAUGUUCCCUCAGCCCCCCCCAGCGCCAGGGGCGGCCCGUGGAGGUGGAGGUGCGCUUGCAGUACCACUGGAGCACCCCCAUGGGGGCGCUCUUCCCCACCGUGCCUCGCCUGGCCCUCAGCAGCAGCAGUGGGGAGGACGAUGACGCCUCCUCCUUGAGGGUCCACAAGGACUUUCGUGGUCGCGUGGCUUUGACGGGGGACGUGUCCAAGGGAGACUGUUCGGUGACUGUGUCGGAGGUCAGACAGAAAGAUGCCAGCAACUACGUGCUGGAGAUGAGGAGGCGUGGGGACAAGAACUGGAGCAAGAUGGCCUUUCAGAUGGACGUUUCCAAUUUCCCGGAGAUGCCCAGGCUGACUGGCCCUGAGUCUGUGACAGACGGUCAGCAGGUGGUGCUGAACUGCACCGUGGGCUUCCCCUGCCCCUCCCAGCCCCCUACGCUCCGCUGGAGAUGGGUCCGAGGGCGACCGGACAACAGCAGUGUGUUUGGGGAGCCCCGCGUGGCCCUGAGCCCAGACAAGAGGCCUCUUCUCUGGGCAUCCCUCUCCUUCACCGCCUCCUAUCACCUCAUGCCCCGUAUCAGCUGUGAGGUCCACUACCAGAAGCUUGGCGCACCUGUGGUCAUGGCAAAGGAUAUUCAUGUGAAAUUCCCUCCCAAGGAUGUGCAUAUCCGGCUUCACACCUCAGCGGUGCGGGAGGGAGGCAGUGCUCUACUGGAAUGCUCCUGUAAAGCUGACCCCCCUGUGGAGGAAUACGACUGGUCAUACACGCAACACGGCCGCACACGCUUCUUACCGCUGCACACCUUCACCGUCCGCAUCGAAAACGUGACCCGGCACACGCGUGUCAUCUGCACAGCCAAGAGCCGCCUUGGGUCGACAGCGUCACCGUCCACAGCCAUCAAUGUAGAAUACAAACCCCACAUCUUGAGCAAAUCUUCAUGCAGGUGGGAUGGCACUGCAGUCUACUGCAGGUGUAUUGCGGACUCAAACCCACGUGCCGCCAUCACCUGGAGUGUGAAUGGCAGCCCUCCGUCACACGGCUACAACACCUCCGUCUUCGUCCACAGUAAUGGCACUGUGGCUGCCAGGUUGGGUGGUGUGGUGGACAUGCCUCCAUCGGUAGUGUGCUAUGCCAACAACGCUCAUGGGAACGACUCACGCCCUCUGUUGCAGGAAGUGGAGGUGUCGCUGCUGUGGCUGCUGAUGGCAGCCCUUGGGAUGGCCUUCUCCGUCCUCCUCAUUGUCGCCGCUGUGUUUCUGUGUUGCGGUCGCAGGCAGGCAGGCCGAAGGAGCGCCAUGAUAAACCAUCGCUCCCAGGCUGUGUACCCGGGGGAUGUGGGUAUCUACCAGGAACAUGCGCCCCUGUAUAUCAACUGCACUGAAGUCACUCAUAUCUACACGAAUGGCAGCUACCAGCUCGUCUAUCAAAACUGCACGCCAUGCUUUGUACGCACAAAACAGACACACAAGAGUAAUAGAUGUGCAUAUUGUCUGCUUCUUGCCUAG